AGAGUGGAACGGAAGGAAGGAGAGAGAAAGAAAAUGGUGGCGAUAUCACUGUACAAAGGCAACCUCCACAAAGCCACCGACGUCCCUCGCCGAUGGCCGAGCCCCGCCCCUAAAAUUUCUCUCAAACAUUUCAAAAUCCUCCUCCGCCGUCGCGCCAGAGCCCUUUCUCGCCUCAGCACCGAUGUCGCAACGACUUCAAACCCUAAUCCUUCUCCCGCCCCCAAUUCCUGUGGAAAUCUUAAUCCGAGCUCCACGCGUGAUGCAACCACUGAAAUCAAUCAUGUCGAUAAUUCUGAGUUGAUGGUAAAGGGGCAAUUGAAGAAGGGAGAAGGGGAUAAGAAGGAUACCGGGGAGGAUAGAAAGGAGGUGGAUGAGGAUAGCGUUUUGGCGGUGAAGGAGAAGGAGGAUGCGGAGGCUGUCAAGAACGACGGUGGAUCAGAGACUCCGGUGAAUAAGGCGAUCGAGAAAAUCAACGAUGAAAAUGCUACAAGUGGUGCCGAUAAAAGAAUCAAUGAGGUUAAGGAGAAGUUGGUAGUUUUAAAUGAGAAAAAGCACGGUUUAGUACAAGUACUCAAACAGAUUCUGACCGCAGAAGAGCACUUAAAGAGACAGAAUUGUGCUCAGGGAAUGCCAAGUCGCCCUCCUCUUCCACUACAAGUGGAUACCACAACUGAUUCGGGUUCAAUGAUUAGAGUAAAUACCCCUAGAAUAGGAAAAGACGGAAAUCCUUGUGGUGAUAUGGAGGGAGGAGAAGCCGACGAUGUUUCAAACCAUAAUCUACAUUCUCGUCAUUUAGUCCGUACAAGCAGUUGUUCACCAUCUUCUGACUCCCAACAGAAGAAGCCAUUCUCAAAUGCGGUACCCCACUCCUAUAGGACUACACUAGCAGUCGCAGGUAGUCCUUCGCGGUUCGCACCUGCUGCACAAGGACCCCCAUCAGUUUCUAUUUCAGGAGCGAGUUAUAUAGCUUCAUCCCCUUCUCCUGCAGCAUCUGGCGGCACUUCAGUUUUUCGAGAUGGCAGGCUCCCUAGUCCAUGGAACUAAAAGCAUAGCAGCUCGCCUAUUGCAUUGCACAUCACUUCAAAGUCGGCCGGUAUUACCUAAAAGCUCUUAACACACAGUUAAAUAGAGAGCAGAAAACACCCUUAAGAAGCAUAAUCUGUCCUUGCAUGAUUUGCCUCUACAAUUAAGACUGUUGGAAUUAGCUGAACUUGUGAAAUCAAACCAAUCUUGGAAAAUUUUCCUGUGACUCGAUCAUUUAUAUGUUGUACUGUACAUAACCUGAGUUGGCAUCACAUGUAUAACCUCCCUGUAACUUAAAUAUAACCAUAUGUUUAUGUCA